CUCGCGAGGGUUCGGUGGCACUGUUAUGGCUGCUUCCUUGUAGCUAUAGUGGAAAAUGUGAGCUCGGCUUUCAGUUUUGGAUUAUAUUUUUUUUUGCAAAAUCCAGAAUUAAGAGACGUGUUUGUAGCCAAACCACGCUGAACAGUGGAAAAGGCAGUGUGUCUGUGAGACGGAGGUGCACACCAGGUUGUGUUUAAGAGGCGGCGAGAGAAGAAAGCCGCAUUGUUGAAAGGUAACCUAGAGCAGAGCUGUGAUGAGUGCUGUCCUCUUCAGAAACUUCCACACAAAAUACCACCAGGAUCCUGGAAGAAGGCGUACCAAAAACUUCAAAAAGCACUAUCCUAGUAGCACAUUUCAAAGAUCUAUUUGAUGCUGAUGCGGGAGAAUUUGAGAGAACACAAUGGCUACAGAGUGCACCACAGCUAUUGGGACUGAGGCAGAGACUGGUACUUCACAGACCCCGUUAACAUCAGAUGAAAACCUGGAUAAGCUUACACCAGGUGAGAAUGAUGAGCCUGCUGCAAAACUUCAACGCAUUGAGAUAUGUGGAUCGGUUAUUGCACUACAGGAUGAGAACAUAGCUGAUGUCCCUUCAGUUUUGACCAGUACCAAUACAGGAACAUCUAAUGACUAUCUGGAGGACAUAAAGAUAACAUUGUCCCCAAAAUGUAGCCCUUCAGCUGUUGAUGAAGGUGUGCCAGCCCAGUUCAAUGGUGACAACUUGUUGAAGGUCUGUGAAAAACUGGAAGAUUCUGAACAGAAUGGGCAGCCUGAUACUGCGAUAGGAAUGCUACCAGAGGAAGUGAGCAGUAGUCAAGGAGAGAGCCAUUUCCAUAUGGUUGAAUUUGACUUCAUCACUGAGCCCCAACUAUUAACAGGAUCCUGGGCAGAGUAUUCUGGUACUACAGAAAAUUUUUUAAAAGGCUGCAAAUGGGCACCAGAUGGCUCCUGCAUUCUAACAAACAGUGCCGACAAUGUCUUGCGCCUCUAUAAUCUACCUCCUGAAAUGUACAGCCAGGAUUGGGAGGGUCUUCCAGAAAUUAAUGCAGUGUUGCGGAUGACUGAAGGGGAUACAAUUUAUGACUAUUGCUGGUAUCCAAUCAUGACUUCCUUGGAUCCAGAAACAUGCUUCAUUGCAAGCAGCAGUCGAGACAAUCCUAUCCAUCUUUGGGAUGCUUUCUAUGGUGAUGUCAGAGCAACAUUUCGUCCAUAUAAUCAUUUGGAUGAAUUGACUGCUGCACAUUCGCUCUGUUUUUCUCCUGAUGGAACCCAGCUUUUCUGUGGCUUUGACAAGAUGGUACGCAUCUUCGAGACUUCCCGCCCUGGGCGAGAGUGUGAAAAAAGGCCAACCUUAGUGAAGAAGCAGGGGCAAAAUGGAAUCAUCUCUUGUAUCGCAUUCAGCCAUGUACAGGACAUCUAUGCCUGUGGCUCCUACUCAAAGACCGUGGGACUAUACUCUCGAGAAGAAGGCAUUCCAAUUGCGGUUUUACAGGGUCACCAAGGUGGUGUCACACAUAUGAUCUUCGCUCCUGAUGGUAACCUUCUGUAUACUGGGGGAAGAAAGGAUCCUGAAAUUCUGUGCUGGGACUUGCGAGAACCUGGGAAGGUACUUUUUUCAAUGCAGAGGACAGUCACUACCAACCAGAGAAUGUACUUUGACCUUGAUGUGACAGGGCGUUAUUUACUCACUGGUAAUACCAAAGGUGCCAUUUAUGUUUGGGAUACUUUACUUCAGCGGCCUGGAGACAAGGAAUCGGUCUUACAGCCAGCACUUCAGUUUGAUGCACAAAAAGACUGCAUUAAUGGAAUCAGUUUGCACCCUCACAUGCCCUUGCUGGCCUCAGCAUCAGGUCAACGCAAAUUUCCAGAACCUUCUGAAAGUGGAGACGAGUCAGACACAGAUGGAGUCCUCCUGACACAUCGCCACAUCAGAGGAGAAAAUUCCCUCAUGCUGUGGUGGGCUGGACCCAAGCAGCCAGAGCAUAUCGACUGCCACGUGGAGCUCCCUACAGAGGCCGUGGCAUAAACUGCAGUUGAACCACCAUUUUAAAACUACUUUGUUGUAAUGUUUCAUCUUGUAACUGGUUGCUUUUGUAAAUUUACUGUAUAAUAUGUAAGCACUAAAGAUGCAGUAACAGUUUGUGAAUUUUUAUGCAUUAAGAAAACUGAGUGACGUAGUAUUUGAGGUGUUUUCUAAAAAGAAGGUGUUUUGGUUAAAGAUGAUGUGGUCCAGAGUGUCACAAUUGGAGAUUCACAUGAAUAUAAUCCAAAGAGAUGUUUUUAAGGUGGAGUGUAUAUACACAUUGAUCAAAAAAACACUGCAUUAGUUGCUUUUCACAGUAGGUGCUCCGCUCCCAAUCAACAUCUGACUUUAUUAUAUAAGGGCUAUUUUUUGUCCUGGUUGGAAUGUUUUAAUUUUCUGUUUUUAAAUAAUUUCUUAGUUCUUGGCCCUACGUAGCAGAUAUUUAAGAAUUGAAAAAUUCCUAAAUAAAAGUUAAGAAUGAAGAGUGAAUGAUUUCAUACUGCAUUCUUUGACCAUCACCAGCCCAUAUGUUUGAUUCAACAACAUUUAAUUAAUGAAGCAGUACCAAACACCUAAUGAUAUUUAAAUGAUCAAAAUUAAACCAAAUUGUAUAAAAUAAAAACAAAAAAUACUGAGAAUGUGUUAUAACGCCCUGGCAGGUCAAGGUGUUAGCUCAGCCAUUUAGUGUAUGCUUAACUGAUGGGCCUGGUAUGGCUGUUGAAUGUGAGAGUUUGGUGUGGCACUGCCUUUUGUCUGUCUUUGUCAAGCUUACAAUUAAGAUGAGAGAUUCGGGCCUUCUUGUAUGUACUUCAUAACCAAGCACAGCAACAGUUGUAAAUAUUUUGAGAAUAUCAAUAUAUUUUUGUGUUAUAUAGCUAGAUCUGUUCAGUACAGUUGUAUUAUUAUAUAAGCUAUGGUUUGAGAAUACUUGCAACCAAUCACGAUAAUUGUACACUCAUCGACUUUGUCAUUAGGCAUCAUGAAACAGGCGUUAGCUGGCUGAACUUUUCAUAUCCUUAUAAAAUUCUACUGUACAGUUUGCCAUUUUUGAUUGGUAAAUAGAUUUUUUUGAAUAAACUUUAAGUAUUUAAUUAUGAAAACUGUUCUUGUUCAUGUAAGGAGUCUUCUACCCUGAAAUUAUUUUAGGAACUGGAUGCCAAAUAUUUGUCGUUUGUUUUUUUAACUUUUGUUAAAUACAUUUUGAAGAUGAAUGUGAUAUUUAUGAAUGUUACAGUAAUAAUUGUAUGUUACAUUUAAAAGGAGUGGGAUUGCCAGCUUGAUAUUUGACUUUCACAAUAAUUCCUGUAUUUUACAUUUAAAAGUAGUGGGGUUGCAAUAUUGUCUGACAUUUUUUAGACAUGGAACAGCAACAGAGAUAUAGCCAUCCUGAAAAAUAUUACUAAUAAUGGGUAGAGUGUGUGCUCCUUAUCAUUAUGUAAUUUCUUUAAAUAAAAUUAUUAUUUUGCUUAUAA